AGGACGACAGAAACACCAGAUAAAGGAGAAAUCCGAGUGGAAUCAGUCACUGCCCACGUCGCACGUACACACAGCGAGUAACGGCAAUUGGGAUUGGAAAACCAAUCGGAAAGUGAUGGCCGGAGUUGAAUACCUACCGAAGGAGUACGGAUAUGUUGCUCUGGUUCUUGUCCUCUACUGCUUCCUCAAUUUCUGGAUGGGUGGCCAAGUUGGCAGAGCACGCAAGAAGUACAAGGUGCCAUACCCAACCCUUUAUGCUAUAGAAUCUGAAAACAAGGAUGCGAAGCUGUUCAAUUGCGUUCAGAGAGGACACCAAAACUCUCUGGAGAUGAUGCCAAUGUUCUUUGUGUUGAUGAUACUGGGAGGGAUUAGACAUCCUUGUGCUUGUGCUACUCUUGGACUUCUGUAUGCUGUGACUCGUUACUUUUACUUCACUGGCUAUGCUACUGGCGAUCCUCAGAAUCGUCUCAAGAUUGGGAAGUAUUCAUUUGUGGCAAUGCUUGGACUUAUGGUUUGCACAAUUUCGUUUGGAGUCAACCUUCUCCGAGGGUAACUUUUUUAUCAGCAUCAGAUGUACUCUGCUUCCCUGAAAAGUAACCUUCCUGUUCCCAACACCCCUUUUUGAUUUCCCC